AUGGCUCCGAUAGCGGACAGCCGCCAGCAGUUCGAUGAAAUUCCUGCAGUGGUUGGGAUCUUUAGUGCAUUUGGCCUUAUCUUCUCUGUCUCCCUCUUUGCUUGGAUCUGCUGCCAACGCAAAUCUUCCAAGUCCAAUAAGACCCCUCCAUACAAGUUUGUCCAUGUUCUGAAGGGGGUUGAUAUUUACCCUGAGAAUCUCAACAGCAAGAAGAAGUUUGGAGCAGAUGAUAAAAAUGAAGCAAAGAACAAAUCAGCAAUGCCAAAGAAUUCUCUCCAUCUUGACCUCGAGAAGAGAGAUCUAAAUGGCAAUUUCCCCAAAACAACCGCAAAAAUGCAGGGCUUUCCAGAUCUUGAAAAUUCAUCUCCUAAGCAUUUUGCAGAAAGGAAGAAAGAUUCAGUAUCCCCUGAUAGCAUUAAAUCCAUCACUUCACUCUCAUCUGAAGAUAAACAAGACAAGCUAGGAACUCUUUUUUUCUCCUUAGAGUACAACUUUGAGAGAAAAGCAUUUGUAGUGAACAUCAAAGAAGCUCGUGGGCUGCCAGCAAUGGAUGAACAGUCAAUGACUUCUGAUCCCUACAUCAAAAUGACAAUCCUGCCUGAGAAAAAGCACAAGGUGAAAACCAGAGUGCUGAGAAAAACCUUAGAUCCAGCUUUUGAUGAAACUUUCACAUUUUAUGGGAUCCCCUACAGCCAAAUUCAAGACUUAACACUUCACUUCAUGGUCUUGAGCUUCGACAGAUUUUCCAGAGAUGAUGUCAUUGGAGAAGUCCUCAUCCCUCUCGCUGGAAUUGAACUCUCGGAAGGAAGGCUACUAAUGGACAGAGAGAUCAUCAAAAGAAAUGUUAGGAAAUCAUCUGGUCGUGGAGAAUUACUGGUCUCUCUCUGUUAUCAAUCUACAACAAACACACUCACUGUCGUUGUUCUAAAAGCCAGGCAUCUACCUAAAUCUGACGUGUCAGGAUUAUCAGACCCUUAUGUCAAAGUGAACCUGUACCAUGCCAAGAAGAGAAUUUCUAAAAAGAAAACCCAUGUGAAGAAGUGCACCCCCAAUGCAGUGUUCAAUGAAUUGUUUGUUUUUGACAUUCCUUGUGAGGGCCUUGAUGAUAUCAGCAUUGAAUUUCUUGUUUUAGAUUCAGAUAGGGGGUCAAGGAAUGAGGUCAUUGGCCAGUUAACCUUGGGAUCUUCAGCAGAAGGAACAGGUGGAGAGCACUGGAAAGAAAUUUGUGAAUAUCCUAGGAGACAAAUUGCCAAAUGGCAUAUGUUAUGUGAUGGUUAGCAGCUUAGAGAGGGGUUGACCUUAAAAAUUAUAUAUAUUUCCAUUGGCAAGGAGCAGUUUGGUUUUUUUUUUUAUUUGCUAUGUAAAAUUACAAGCUUUUAACUACAAAACUUUUUUUUUUCAAGAGGGGCAGGGGAUUUGAAAUAAAAUUGGAUUGAAUUAUCAGAACAGAAGGUAACUUAAUUUUCACAUUAAAUAACAGAAUUUCUAUUUCAUUAAACUUUAACAUAAUAAGUUCAGAUUAAUAUUCUUCUAGAGUUUAAGUGGCCUGUAAAUUCUAAAGCACUGUAAACCUCAAGAAGGAGAAACUUUGUUUUGAAAAGUCACUUAUUAGUGACUCAUAUAUAGAAGAAGAAAACCUUAUUACAAUAUAUCCAAAAAAAA